AUGGAGGUGCCGCAGCAAGAGCUGCCAGACCCAUACGAGUGGUUUGCGGAACAAGUGGCUGGUCAUCAUCCAUCAGUAAUUAAGAACGGUAAAAGGGAGAUUGGUCUUGCCGUAUUGACACCACGUUUUUAUGGUAUUACUUCUCUUGCAAUUGACAGAGAAGAUCACGACUUUUUGAUUUUGGAGGAUGUGACAGCUGUUUAUAGACUGCCUGCAAUAUUGGAUGUGAAAAUGGGAAGAGUAACAUUCGAUCCUCUGGCGAAUGCAUUAAAACAAGAAAGGGAAACAACGAAAUACCCCCCACAACGUAUUUUAGGUUUCAGGCUUCUUGGAUAUCGGAUGCACUGCCACGAUGGUACAGUGAUUGUGAAGGAUAAAGAAUGGGGUAAAACCCAUACCGAGAAUACUAUACUCAAUGGCCUUCGUGAAUUUUUCUCGGGUCGUGGAGCUGAUUCGUAUUUAUUAUCGGAAGUGUUGUCGAAGUUAGACCGGGUGCGACAGUGGUUCUCUACUCAGAGAUCGUUCCACUUCUACUCAUCAUCCCUUCUAUUUGUUUACGAAAAUGAUCUUUCUCGACCAUCAAACCUUCAGUUAGUAAUGAUUGAUUUCUCUCACGUAUUUCCUGCAAAUGAUGAGCUCGACACUAAUUAUAUUCAUGGUCUCGACGUAUUUUACUCUAAGAUGCAGGCUAUCCAUAAUGAAUUCGCUUCAAAACAGGAACCUCAGUACUCAUAA